CAUAAAAAGCGGAUGAUGCUGUUAUGUAAAAACAUGCUUAAGUGAGUCGUAGUUUGCUGAAGCGCGGCUGAAUGCUUUCUACACCUCGGUUCAUUUCAUCAACUAAUGCUAUCGUUUCAAGUGUAGCGACGGGCGAUUUUUUUUUUACUCGUAGCGCAUGGAGUAGCGCAGUUUGGAGAGGAAAAAAAGAGAGCUUCAGCGGAUCAACGCAACUCAACAUGAGUCGCCUUCCACUGUGUUUUUCCUCCUUCACUUACGGGAACCAUACACCUGACCCAUCACCCUCUCUCCCCGUGGAAGUGAUCCUCCUUUUCUAAACGCCUCUGGAUUUAUUUGUCAGGCUACGCGGCGGUAAGAGAAACAACCUUCAAACUCAGAUCGCUUCGCAGGCAGAGGACUAAACUGAAAGUGUCAGGCUCCAGCCAGCCGAUAAGACUCCACGGGCUGGGAUAAUGGCUCAAUUAUAGAUAGGUAAACAGAGCCUACUGCUGUUUUUCGACAAGCCCAAAAGCAACUUUGGGCUUCUCUGUUAUUUCUGCCUUAACUUGUGCAGGUGGCACAGACGUCUGUUUUUUUUUUUUUUUUUUUUUUUUGCCUAAAUGGGUGUGUAUGGGCCCAGGUAAUGAUGCCCAUCAAAGGGCCUCUCUGAGCUGACACCCACCAUCGUAGGCCCCAGGACCGUGUGGAUGAAGAGGUGGUGGAUCUGCUCCCUCGUGCUGAGACCAUGGUCAGAGCUCAGCAGAACCAGCCAGUGAAGCGAGGGAAGCCCCAGAAGAAGAGGGGAAGCAAGGAGGGAGGAGGCGGGAUGAAAAAAGGGAAAGAGAGAAAGACUGAGCGGAGAGGGGGGAAAAAGAAGGGGAAGAAGGAGAAGAAAGAGUUAUAUCGUCGCAGGAAGAAGACACUGGCAGUGAGUGAUGGAGAUGCACUGGACUGUUGUGUCCUUCUCACCCGGCUGGAGGAGAAAGGGGUGAUGGGUAAAGCGAAGGAUGCACCAAGAGCUCGGAAGCAUAAGAGUGUAAAAGUCAAAAAGAAGCGGCUCUCUGGCUCUUCUCAAAGGACCAAAUGUGACAAAUCCGGACAAAGGACAACUUCUGCAACCAAUCAGCAAGCACUGGAACCAAAAAUCAAGCAAUCAGACGCCUUACUCAUGUUGCCCCCAGCCAUCUUUGAGCCUCGCAAGCGGAGAAUGGCCUCUCUUAAUGCAGAGGCUGUCAACAGCUUGUUGCUCUACAGAGACACAUCUCUAGCAUCAAAUCUCAUGAGGAAACAGCAGCCUCCUGAUGAGGGUCUCGCUAAAGAUAGUUCUGGUAAAGCCGCCGCCGCUUGUGAAGACAAACACAAAGCACGUAAAACCAAAAAGGUUCCCACAGAAAGGAAACCGGACUUAAGCGAAAGACCUGAAAAACAGAAGAGAUCAAAGGCAAAGGCGGCGGCUGACAUUGACUGGUUGGCUUUGUUCACCCCGACACCGAGACGUCAGGCAGGGCUCACUGCUGCAACACUGCUCAAACUCACCAGUGCCCCAUAUGGAACCAAACGGCAAAGAAAGCUGGACUGUAAGCAGGAGAGUGGGAGCGAGAAAGCGGCAGCGUCACAGAGCAAGAUAAGCUGUGACGCUGGGUGUGGGGGAACAAUGCAGACCAAAAGAUCAACCCAUCCCAAACAGGACGAGAAGCAUGGAAAACAGGGUACAGAGGAUCCAGUCCAAUCCCAGCUGGGAUCUAGCAAACAGAAAUGCUGUACUUUGUCUAGAACGAAGGCUAUGGAUCCAGAGGGGCUGUGGAAGGGGACCACAGGGGGGCAGGAGUGCCACAAACAAGGACGUCGUAGCUCCUCGAAUGGCCUCUCCCUGAAACCAAUCAAAGAGGAGCAGGUCGAGACGGAGGUGUCUCCCUGCUACUGCUGCUCCCAGGAGAGGUGUGUCGAGUACUGCCACAGACUCGCCCUCUUCCUGGGGGAGAAGAGCUUCAAGGAACCUGAGGACGGCUCACUGUCAAAGGUGUUCCACCAUCACCACCAUCAUCAUCACCACCAUCUUCAGUCGCCCCACCCACCGGCCAUAACCAUCAGCCCACACACGUACACCUGCUUCCCCGGUUACUACGUCCACUUUAGCCACCCGGAUGCCUCACCCACCUCCAUACCCCCAAUCACGCUGUGCCCAAGGGGUGGCAAAAGACCCAAGCUGCUCCCCAGUACCGGUUCCCAACCUACAGGGAUUUCCCAUCCGGUGUACUGCUGCACCUCAGUGGGAGCGUGCUAUGGAGAGCCUUGCAGGAUCAACGGCUACUCUCCCUACACCGGCGUACUCCCUGCCAUCGCUAGAACAGGGUGCUCCUUCAGCACCACAGACUGCAGCAAAUGUAACCACGGCAUUAAAAGAGAGGAUUUCUCAUCAACCCUCAACGACCAUCACAGCCCCUCCUCCAUCCCCAUCUCACCCAACCCUCGCACCCUCACUGGCUGCCCCGUGCCCACUGUGCCUCCAGCCGGCCAAUCAGUGCCCCACAUUCAGACUCCGCUGUCAGACCCCAGCCAACCGCAGCCUCCCCUGCAGGUGGCGAAGGAGUGUCCGCAGAGUGCCAAGGCGCCCAGCGGGUCGAGGUCUGGCGCGCGCGGCACCGGCAGCAUCAGCUUAGCUGUCUGCCCUCACAACAGGGAGAAGAAACAGAAGCUGGGCCCUGCCAGCGUUGGAGGACGAGCGGUUUCCAAGCAGCCGAAGAGCGGCCGCCAGAAAACCACCAACGGUUGGUGGCCAGUAGGCCUGCCCUUUGAGAAGGAGGUUUUCACUGUGGGAGAGGAGGCUCUGGUGCCGAGGAAAUGUUUCGAGGGCGUCCAGCGGGACGGGGAGGUGAUCUGGGUCAGAGACACCGUUCUUCUCAGAUCCGGACCCAGGAAGAAGUCCCUGCCUUACGUGGCCAAGAUCUCAGCUUUCUGGGAGGACCCAGAGUCAGGAGAGUUGAUGAUGAGUUUGUUUUGGUACUACCGGCCCGAACACACACAGGGGGGACGCAAUCCCAACAUGCAUUGUGAGAACGAGGUGUUUGCGUCUCGUCACCAGGAUGUGAACAGUGUGGCCUGUAUUGAAGACAAGUGCUAUGUCCUGACACUGGCACAGUAUUGUCGAUUUUGUGCCUUGGUAAAAUGCCGUAGGGAGGGCGUGCGUGGUAGUGCCACCUCCCUUGUGGUGCCGCCCGCCGUCGGCAACGCCAUGCCCACCCACCGCUGUGUGCCCGACAGCGUCGACCCAGACCUCGUGUUUGUCUGUCGACACGUCUACGAUUUCCGCUACGGACGCCUCCUCAAGAACCUGCAGUAGCAUCCGACGGGACGUGACAGAUGCGGUAUAGGAUAUGAGAUUAUGCUACUCUGGUCCUCUGAGUUUCAUCUUCCAUGACUUUAACUUGCUACCUACCUACCUGUUACCUCUGUGAGAGAGGAACUGGAAGUGCUGCCGUAGAGAUACGAGGCCCCUUUGGCUCAUUCAGAGCGAAAGUUUCAAAAGAUGAGUGCAUUUUGUUUUGAGACCAUCUCUCGUCUGAGAUGCCACACAUUUAGGAUUUGUGAGAAAUGACCUGAUCAAUGUCACAUUGGUUAUUAUAGCGGUCUAAAUGGUCGUUACCAUACACCACAUGGCUCUCUGGUAUUGUAGCAGCUGUGUGACGAACCUGGAACGUACUCUGCUGUAGAAACGCUACUGUAGCUCUUUAGAAAUGUGAGAUUCAAUAGAUAUGAAGAAAGACCUGCCUCUUGGUUGAUGUUACAUGUGAAUUAUGUCCCCAUCUCCCAAGCGAAUACGAGACACGAACCGUCUCAGCUGUACACAACAGGUAAAGAGAAUUGGAGACAUAGUCGUCCUGCGAAAAGAUGAGGCACAAAGCAGCUCAUGAGAGGAGAUGAGAGAGAUUUCUGAGUGGCUGAAGUCCUAAUCACAUUUGUCGUUGGAUUUCUCCGUAACACAGAGUUGCCCAGUGUCCAUCUGAAGGAUCAAAUAGGAAUAUGCAGUUCUCUAAAAGCCACUGUAGACAGACAAGCUUUGAAAUACAAUAGGCUGCAUCCAAGCUGUUUUAAGUGCUUUUUUCCCCCCAUUUUCACCAGCCUGUCUAGCAUCGGCCUGUGAGGAAAAUGUGAUAUGUUUGACACGCUGCAUACAGCCAUCAAGGAAGUUCCUCAUCAGCAGGGUGGAUUUUUAGCUAUCCCGCUACUCGCCCUUUGCAGAGGACAGGAAAACAGUUUUGCUUCAGGUCCUUUUGAGCUUCUACAAGAGGAUCAUAGAUUAUUUGUCACAUCUGUAGCUACAACAUUGAUCUCAGUGGAUAUUUUCACACUGUAAGGCUGACCUGCACUCUACUGCUGUAGCCCGGUUCACACUUGAAGCACAGUUCUGUUUGUUUGGUUUAGCGGUGUGAAAAUGGCCAGUGAGACGAGCAUUAAGGGGAUUUUUGUUAUGCCAAUGCUAAGGAAUAUUUUAUUUUCACAUAGCCGUUUGCCAGAGUUAUGAUUUGAUUUCUGUGUCAGCCAACUGUAUAUUUGCAUUUAUAUAUCUGGAUGAGUGUCAUGGCAGAUGGCAUCCGUGAGUCACCUAUAUUCUUGUUUCUUCCUGGAUGAGAUGGUGAGAAAUGUAUUCAGUGUAGCAUUUAGAUCUGUGGUGAUUCAUUCCUAUGUUUGAAAGAGGAUAUGUAUUUAUUUCUGUAUUGAGAACAUAUAAUUUAUUUUCAAAAGAUGAUUUUAAAGAGGUUAAUAGAGAUAUAGAAGAGUGACUUUCAUUCCCGGUUAGAGAGGAGGUAGAGGUUAUUGCGCCUGCCCUAGCUGCACUGUCUUUAAGAUGAAGUAACUAAAGUGUGCGAGUCGUCUGCAGUAGUAUCCGAAACCCAUUCUUGUGCUUUUCUGUAACGACUGAGCUUGCUUUCCCAAUGGAGCCUAUUAAUGAAUGCUGAAAAUUUUGUAGCCCGCCUGGAAGAUUUGAGGACACGCUCAGAGUAUUUGGAAGGAUUUCAGGUAGUCUGAGCGAAGUCUGCUACCGAAGUGACCAGAGAUGCUGAUCUGCAGGACCAAAACGUCCCGUGGCCUGUCCUUGGUUCUUUGCCCGCUCGUUCUCCUCGUCUUACCCCCUCAGUCCUUUCACUUCUCCUCAGAUGGUAAAGCUUUGCCUUUUCACCCUUAAAUACCUAUAGUUGUACAAUUAUUAGAACCUACCUUGCCAUUAGCCUAUGCCCUUGUUCUUGCUGCCUUAUUGAACAUUCCCAGCCUUUCAUUUAGAAAAAUGCUUGUUGAAGAUCUCAGCCUGAGUUUAGCAAGCUUCCUCGCCUGCUGAUCUUGGAUUACUGCCCCCUUUGGUGUCUGUAGACCUUUUCGUUCAGAUGAUCUGAAACGCAAAACUGAUGUUUGAUCAGCACCCCUGUUUUGACGCAUUUGUCUGCCCAGGUUUGACUCAAACUUGAAAUACCAACCUCAUGCCUACUUGCGCUUCACUCCCUGGACAAAGGGCGGGCCAGUUCAUUUUCAAUUUUGUUCGAUCAGAAAGGGGUGUGUCAUUGGUUCUCAAUAAUGGAUAAAUGUUUUAUUUUAAAAAAAAAUGUCCUUUAUCGAUUCCAUCACUGAAUCAUAGAAAUUUGGUAAUUUCCAAGUCAGCUGGCUGAAAGGAAUGGACUCCAACCCUGCUGUCUGUAUCUGCCUUCUCAGUAAACCAAAGGUAUUCAGUCUCUAGCAACAAACCUUUUCCACUGACUGAAACACUUUAUUGAACUAUGGAUUGAUUGUGGACGUACAACCCACACAGCACAAUACAGUACAGUACAGUACAGUACACACUGCAUUCAGUUUGAUUUGGUUCUGCAUUUUAAACCCCCCCUCCCUCCCCGUAGGUGUUCUGGACCAGAGUUGGAAACCACUUAUAGCGGCCUUAGGAAUCACUCAACAAACUAAUUAAUUAUGUUUAAUGAAGAUGUGUGAUACUUACUAUGUCUUACAUGGCCCUCUGUGCCUGUUCCCAUUAACCUAUAUUCCAGGCUUUUUCCACAGAGAGAACAAGCAGUUAUUGUUGUUUUAACGCACCUUCCAAAAUGCCUUUUUAUUUUUGUCAGACAAUGCUGAUUUGAUGUUGAAAAACCGCAAUGAAUUGUUUGUACCAAAAAGAGACAGAAGGGUAUUGAAACAUCAAUUCCAGUUCAUUCCCAGGUGUACAAAAAUUAUACCUAACCACUGGUUACUCUGACGUGAAUUUAUGUUCAUAUUCUUUGCAUGGAGUUUUGGGAAUAUCUUGUAAAUAUUAAUCACAGCACAGAUUAUUUGUAUGGUUUCAAAUGGACCUCUGUAAUAUAAGAAAAAUAUUUAAUUGUAAUAAAUAAUAUAUGAGUUUGAAAGUA